AAAACAACAGAUGACGUAACACGGAAGCUGAGCUCUCAGGUCCAUGGUUAGUGAUCCGUGACAGCAGCCUGUAGCGUUAGGUCUCAGUGAGCGUCAUUUAAUCAGAGAGGAGUCAGGCCCGAUCGGGAUGAAGGGCUGUGUUACCGUGCUGCUGCAGCUCCUGCUGGUGGGACACAGCGCGAGCUGGGAUGACGGCAGCGUGCUGCUGAGGGAUGUCCAGACGCUGACUCUGUACCGGGGCCGCUACACCACAGCGAGGCGCUCCAGUCCCGUGCUGCAGCUGCAGUGUGUGGGAGGUUCUGCGGGAUGCCGCUUCAGCCCAGAUGUGGUUCAGUGUCAGAACAAAGGCUGGGAUGGGGUGGAUGUGCAGUGGGAGUGUAAGACUGAUAUGGACAAUGCCUACCGAUUUGGUCGCAUUGAGGUGAGCUGUGAGGGCUACAGCCACCCUGAUGACGCCCACAUCCUGAGGGGCUCCUGUGGGCUUGAGUACACUCUGGAGCUGACUGAAGGGGGCCGGAGGACAGCCCAGGGCAGCGGGGGGACGCAUGGUGGAUUUAAAAGAGGGCUGUGGAGCUUCGCCUCCAGUUUCUUCAGUGGUUUCUCUGGAAACAAGCAUCAGGGUCAACAGCAGACCCAUCAGAGCUCGUACCCCUCAGGCGGGGAGGACUCAUCAGGCCUGCUGGGGGUCGCUAUGCUUCUGCUCUUAGCCUUUGGUGUCUACAAGCUGUUCCUCAGCGGGAACACAGCCCAGGGGGGGCAGGACGGAGAACAGGCUGGUUACCCAAGAGAUGAUCACCACAGCUCCAACACACGACCCCCACCCCCGGGAUUCAAGCCUGACUUCACAGGCAGCUCAGGUAAUAUGUCAAGCACGAUACACGCUGCAGUGCGAAGCGUGAUCACAUCCCACUCCCUGAAACUUCAAUCUGUUCUUGUUGUGUGUUCAGGCUAUGCUGGUGCCAACCCUGGCUAUGGUUUCCACAGUGACUACACUCACAACAGACAACAGUUCCCAGGAGGCCAGGCUCGCCCCAGAACAGGUGGAGGCUUCUGGACUGGGAUGGGAACAGGAGGGCUGCUGGGAUAUAUGUUUGGCAGUCAGAGAAGUCAGCCCCACAGCAACUCCUACUCAUCAUACACUGACCGCCGUCCUGCUGCUGGAGGCUCCUCCACUUCUUCCUCUGGGACACGCACUGCUUCAGGGUUUGGAGGAACCAAGAGAAGAUAGAAGCCGUGAAGGCGGAUGGACCAUGGAUGGCACUGAGAAUAAUACAAGAACAUAUAAACACAUGAUGAAGCAUCAGGAGAAGACCUUUCUUCAUGCACAGAGGAACUCGUCCAACAACAGAGUAACAGCAGCAUGCUGAGCCUGGGUCCUCUGGAGGCCUCUGAUGUCAGCCGCUGACAGGAAUCCCUGUCUGACGGACUUCUUCUCUGAAGUGUGGCUUCCGUGUUGUUUGGAAAAGCUUGGCAUUACUUUGAUGUGUUUUCAUAAGAUGAUGUCGCAGUUGUUUAUUGAUCCAAUUAGCAUUGCAUAUUCAGAUGUCAUGUUGCAGUGUGCAUCCACUCUUUUAUUGCUAAAUUGUAUUUGUUUAUUAAUUGUAUUUUGGUUGAGGAAAUGGCUUGUUGUCUGUGUGCAUGAGUGUGUUCUGCCUCAGAUGAAGAAAGAUCUAUGAAACGUGUAACACCGUUGCAUUUUUACUAGACAUAAAAUAAAAGGAAGAUAUGGAGAAAAGAAUAUGCACACAACAAAGGCCAGAAUCAUGAUAGAACUGGUUCUAUCUGGUCAUCAGUUAAGUGUUUUUCCACUUCCAGCAUCGGUUUUCCUGCUAGCACUCAUACCUUUGUUUCUAUAUUAUUCAAUAAAUGUAGUUAAAGAUGUGUAAAGCGAAUUUGAAGUGUUUUAUUAAGAUGACAUUAGUUUUAAGACACGUAAGAUAUUUUGGUGACAAUCCAAUAAAAUCUAAAAACAUA